AUCUAGGUCUCACCCGUGACCAACCGUGCAGCUCCGGACCUGCACUGCAACGGCAGCCUCUACAACCCUACUCAUUCCUUGAAGACCGGCAUACCUACAUAUCACCCUUGUGCAAUCGCAAGGACCGCGCACUCUUCACCUGCUGAACCGCCGGCCAUACGAGCGUUCCGGAUCGUAUCUGCUUUCAUCCCCAAGCGCCUCCCACUUUCUGGUUGAACCAAAAGACGUCCUCCAUCGCCAGAUAAUCAACGUCCCGAAGCCGGGUUCUCAGUGCCUAUACCUCAAGGGCAAGCCUGAAUUCGUGCAAUAUGGGUGGUGGUGGAGAAUUGAGGGGCCAGGGCUCCUAUCCCGUGCUUGUCAACGAGCCGGUCGGGGUGCCCAAGACGAGCAUCCUGAAGAACCGCAUCGAGCUGCUUUACAGGUCGGAGCAGUAUCGCAAGGUCAAUUUGCUCGCAAAUCUGUACAAUGGCAGGUUCUCCGGCAAGCCCCAUGUGAAGCUCUACGUCUGGAGCGCCCCUGGCCAGGACCGCCCUAGCUUCGACGAAGCCGUAACGCAUGAUUUCAAGGAGACUCAUACGGGUGUCGCCUUUGGGCCGUCAUGGACCACCCACUGGUUCCGGGUCCAUCUAAAGGUUCCCGACGCCAUCAUUGACGAAGAGUUGGUGGUUUUCGAGUGGGACGCCAACAACGAGGGUCUCGUCUGGUCCGAGGAUGGCAUGCCGCUGCAGGGCCUCACCGGCGGCGGCGACCGCAUUGAGUGGAUCAUUCCCCAGAGUUUCCGAGACGGCAAGGAGCACAUCAUCUAUAUCGAGAUGGCUUGCAAUGGUAUGUUUGGAUGUGCGCCGAAUGGCAAGGACACAAACGCUCCACCGGACCCCAACAAGUACUUCGGCCUCAGCACCGCCGACAUAGCUGCUGUCAACGUGCCUGCUCGUAUGCUUCACUUCGACAUGUGGGAGCUGGGCGAUGCUGCCCGCGAGCUGCCCGAGAAUUCGGCGGAGCAGAAUCAGGCUCUGACAGUCGCCAUGAAGAUCAUCGACACCUUCCAGGUGAAUAAUCAGGAAUCCAUACUCAAGUGCCGGAAACUCGCCCAGGACAUCAUCGGGCCCGACGUUGAUUCCCAUCGGGUGUAUCAGGUCGGCAAAGAGCCAGUCGUGUUUGGUAUCGGCCACUGCCACAUUGACACGUGCUGGUUGUGGCCAUGGGCAGAGACGAAGCGCAAGGUGUGCCGCUCCUGGUCGAGCCAGUGCGACUUGAUGGAUCGCUAUCCCGAGGCGCACUUUGCCUGCUCCCAGGCACAGCAGUUCAAGUGGCUCAAGCAAAUCUACCCGCGCGCCUUUGACCGCGUACGUAAGAAGGUGGCCGAGGGCCAGUUCCACCCAAUCGGCGGCAGCUGGGUUGAGCAUGAUACCAACAUGCCCAGCGGCGAGUCCCUUGUCCGUCAGUUCUUGUACGGCCAGCGAUUUUUCGAGGCCGAAUUUGGGUCUCGUUGCCGUACCUUCUGGCUGCCGGAUACAUUUGGAUACUCGAGCCAGUUGCCACAGCUUUGCCGCCUGGCGGGCAUGGACCGCUUCAUGACUCAGAAGCUUAGCUGGAACAACAUCAACAAUUUCCCACAUACCACGUUCAUGUGGGUGAGCCCUGAUGGCAGCCAGGUCAUCUGCCACAUGCCGCCGUCGGAGACAUACACGUCCGACGCCAAUUUUGGAGAUCUUAAGAGAAGUAUCUCCCAGCACAAGACAUUACGCGUCGAUGACUCGUCGCUUCUUGUCUUUGGCAAAGGUGACGGCGGCGGCGGCCCAACUUGGCAACACUUCGAGAAGCUGCGCCGCUGCGCCGGCAUCAGCAACACCAUCGGCGGCAUCCCGAAGCUCAAGCUCGGACUCACCGUGGACGAUUUCUUUGACCGCCUGACGCCAAAGGUCAAGGAACUUCCAACGUGGUACGGCGAGCUGUACUUCGAGCUGCACAGAGGAACCUACACUACGCAGGCGAACAACAAGCUCUUCAACCGCAAGGCUGAGGCCAUGCUUCGCGGCAUCGAACAGCUGGCCACCUUCGCAUCCAUCAGGAACAAGUCCUACAAGUAUCCCACCGAGAAAAUCGACGGCAUGUGGGAGGCUGUCCUACUGUGUCAAUUCCAUGACUGCCUACCAGGUAGCUCCAUUGAGAUGUGUUAUGAUGACUCGGAUAAGCUCUAUGCAGAGGUUUUUGCAACCGGGAAGAAGCUUCUCAAGGAGCUCUAUGAGACUCACAAUGCUUCUGAAGUGCGCACAGCGGCCUUAUCCGAAACGGUCGUCAUCAACACACUGCCUUGGCAUCGCAAAGAGAUUGUUGAAGUCAGCGAGACGGAAGUCGGCAUCGCUUGCGGCGACGGUCCACUGUUGCCCCUACGCACCUUCAAGAUUCAGGAGGACAAGCCCGCCGUGACCGUGACUGAGAAUCACGACGAAUUUGUCCUAGAGAAUGACAACCUGCGUGUCACCAUAAAGCAGGGUACCAUAACGUCCCUCUUUGAUCGCGUCAAUGACCGCGAAGUCGUCGAUAGGGGAGGAGCGGCGAACAAGUUUGUCAUUUUCGAUGACAUCCCUCUCUACUGGGAGGCUUGGGACGUCGAGGUGUACCACCUCAGCACGAAGCGGGACCUGCAGUAUGGCGAAACCAGAGUUCACGAGAACAAGCCGCAUAGGGUCACCUUGGUCACCGACAUCAAGAUCAGCGAGGAGAGCUCACUGAAAUCGUACAUAAGCCUCUCGGCUGCGAUCAAGGGCCAGCCAUCACAGGUCAACUGCUCGGUCGAGGUCGACUGGCACGAAAACUCCAAGUUCCUCAAGGUCGAGUUCCCCGUCGACAUUGUCAACACCGAAGCUUCGUACGAGACCGCGUAUAGCAUUACCAAGCGACCCACGCACUACAACACCAGCUGGGACAUGGCCAAGUUCGAGGUCUGCUGCCACAGGUUUGCCGACUUGUCGGAGCACAACUACGGCGUGUCCAUUCUCAACGACAGCAAAUACGGAUUCGCUACGGCUGGCAAGAUGAUGCGCCUCUCUCUGCUCAGGUCUCCCAAGUCCCCAGACGGGAACGCGGAUAUGGGUCACCACUCCAUCCAGUGGGCCAUUUUCCCUCAUCAUGGCUCCCUGUCAUCGGCCACAGUCAAGGCGGCCUACGCCUUCAACAAUCCGCUGAAGCCGCUCUCUGCCUCCAAGGCAACCGUGGAGGGCCUCACUGGCGCACCAGUCAGGCUCGUUAGUCACGACAGGUCCGACUCUGUGUUUCUCGACACGGUAAAGCGCGGCCACGACGACGAGGACGUCAGCAGGCGCGAGGGCCUCCGCGUGAACAAGGGGCAGAGCGUGAUCCUGCGCCUAUACGAGUCCCUCGGCGGCCAUAGCCGGACAACCGUCAGGACGGAGUUCAACGUCAAGCGAGUGACAAAGGUCAACCUGCUCGAGGACGAGCUGGAGGAGGUCAGGCACACCGGGGGAGACUUCGAUAUUAGGCUCCGGCCAUUCGAAGUGGCCACGUACAAGAUUCAGCUUUAGGAUAACGGUGACGCCUGUGUUUCGCAAGCAUGUUGUUGAUUCCCGAGAAUCAGUUCACCCCGAGCCUUUUAGUGCGGCGCGGGUUUUGCAGAAGCCAAUCCAUGAAAUUUUGUAUGCCUACAAUCAUUUCGCUUCGCGCUCUUCUCAUGCUUUAGUACGGAAGGGUUCAAUAGUCGCAGAGAGUACCAUUAGGGCCUCCUGAAGACCUCGCAUCGCCCUUCCUCAGCUCGAAAGCUGCAAAGGAAAGCGCACCCUGUGAACGCCGUUGCCUCAGAUACAAUACCAGCGCCCAG